AUGAUAGCACUAGUAACUAACCGUCGUUCAGUGUCAUUGACAGGGCUGGCUAACACACAAUACCAACCAACUUGGGAGUCCCUGGACACGAGGCCGCUACCCACUUGGUACGACGGGGCCAAGAUUGGUAUCUUCAUCCAUUGGGGCGUAUUUUCUGUGCCUUCCUUUGGUUCCGAGUGGUUCUGGGAGAACUGGCAAGGUUCACAGUCUCAGAGUUACGUGGAAUUCAUGCAGAAGAAUUAUCGGCCAAAUUUCACUUACCCGGACUUCGCACCGAUGUUCACGGCUGAGUUCUACAAUCCUGAGGAGUGGGCAAGUAUUUUCGAGGCAUCAGGGGCCCGCUACGUGGUACUGACCAGCAAGCACCAUGAAGGCUUCACCAACUGGCCAUCUCGUUACUCCUGGAACUGGAACAGCAUGGACGUCGGACCCAAAAGAGACCUCUUGGGUGAUCUAGCAGAGGCCAUCAGGUCUACUACCGAUAUCCACUUCGGUAUCUACCACUCAUUGUUCGAGUGGUUCCACCCGCUCUACCUCGACGACAAGGCCAAUAACUAUCAUACUAACAACUUCGUUACAUCCAAGACCAUGCCAGAGCUCUACGAGCUGGUAAACAACUACCAUCCAGAAGUGGUGUGGUCGGAUGGUGACUGGGAGGCACCAGACUGGUACUGGAACUCUACAAUCUUCCUGGCUUGGCUCUUCAACGACUCACCAGUCAAGGACACCGUCCUUACUAACGACAGGUGGGGCGCUGGAACCAGCUGCCUCCACGGGUCUUUUUACUCGUGCAGUGACCGCUACAACCCAG